AUGAAGACGAAGAGCGCGGAAGAAUCGUCUGACGAAAAAGCUUCAGCCAAAGCCGACGACGGGUUUCCAGUGGCCAUGGAUCUCAUAUCGUAUAAUGAACUGCUUGAGAAAUAUUUGCAAUCCAAAAUGACUAAAACACAGCUUACCGUUAGCAAUAUCGAGGAUGGGAGUUAUUUGUUGAAGAUGAACAUCGACCCUUUUCCACCACUUACAUGCCUUAUUUCGAAACAUGACUGGGUUCUGACGAUGCAGAAAGUAAGCUCCCUUGUGAAGAUGGGCAGUGAAACAACACCUGCUGUGAAUUCGUGUCCACCUGUGGAUGAAACUCUUGAGACGACGGUGAGCGUUAAUGAAACGACACCUGAAAGCAAAAAGUCCCCUCUUUCUCCUCCAAGUACAAGCAAUACUAGCUCAUCACAGGGAGAACAGCGUAAUCGUAAGAGUCGCCGAUCGCUAAAAGUUAGAUUCCAUCGAUUAGGAGCUGAUCAAUACAAAGUUGUCGGUGUAGCAGAAUCCGCAUCCCCAAUAAAAGUUGCCGGUGAAGAUGAUCUCACUGCCCAGAAACAUACACCCAAGAAAGGGCAUAAGAAGGGAAAGAAGUCAAAACGUCGCAGUAAUGAGUCGAUGGGCAGUGAAGAAGUCGCUUAUAUGAUCGAUGAGAGUCCAGUUGCCGAGUUAUGUUCGAGUAACGCAUCCCAAAUGUUAAAUGGAAGUAGCUCUGUUGGUUCUGCUUCAAAUGGUUGCCAUGAUAGCUCGUUACCAGAGACAAUAUGUUCUUUGUCAAAAGUGUUCGAGGCCAAAGCAAAGAGUGGUGCUGUAGUGGUCACCUGGCCUUCCAGUACUGAACCGAUGUCCGUGCAGAAUGGUGAUAGUGACAGUUCCAUCGCACCGGCUCAAUCUCUUGUCUUGCACCAUACAUGGAAACAUAAACACCGGCGUGGCGAUCCUGUUAAGGUUUCUUCAUACGUCAAGCGUCAGAGUACUCCUGUUUCAGCUACGAUCUCAGUGAAACGGCGCAUUCCUCGUAUGAGUCCACGUAUAGACACGUCUGAAGUCGAAUCGCGGAUGUCUGAACGAAAAUACGAACUGAGGCGACGUUAUUCCGCACCUCCGUCCACGCGGGCAAGUGACUAUCCGGGUGAUGUUCCGACGUCAAUCGCCCCACCACCAUCCCUCGGACAUGAGGCAAUUCAAAUUUACAACUUCUGCCGAUCUCCAUCCGAAAAUACACGAUCGAAGUGUAAGGCAAGAAAAAUGAGUGACGUAUCAGACGAGCCUCUGUUUGCUGUGAAGAAGGAGGAGGAGAUGGCACCUUCAUCUGACGCCGACAUAGCUUCGCCAAAGAAACCGAACACUAAUGGCACAUCGCCUCGUGCUCCUCAAGUAGUAGUAAAAAAGGAGCCCAAUGAAGAAACCAAUCCUAGUUUGGCAUCAGAGUCGGUCCCAGCCACAAACCAGAAGUCGGUUUCUCGUCGUGGAAAGAGUAAAAAGGCGGGUCGUCCGAAGAAGAUUCGACCACGAGCUGGGCGUCGAACUGGAGAGCGUGUAACAGCUGAUGAUCAGAUCUCAUCUGAUGACGUUGCGUCUCGUGUAACAUAUAAUGCGGCUGGCGAUUCUGAUGCUACGGAAGAAAGUCGAGUUCCUAGUGUCGACGAGGAAGUCGUGGAGCGUCUAAUUCUUUCUAGUGGAGGCCUUAAGAAAAAAGAACGAUCCAGUCGUAAAAGGCGCUCGUUAAAUACUGAUGGCAUUGGGGUUGAGGUGAACCCUCGCCGACGCAGAAGUUCUGGCGAUGCUUAUUUUGGCGAUGAUGACGAUGAAGACGGUAGAGAUGGUCUCUAUAUUGAUGAAGGGGAAGCCCGCAAUGAAACUGAACCAAAAGAUGCUCCUCCGGAAGACGUCUUGAUGGAUCAAGAGAAUCAGUGUGACACCGAUGACAAGGAUGUAUGUGUUCUUCCAACAAUUCGUAUUGAAGAAGCAGAUCCUCUGGCAGAAAAGGAGGAGCACUUCGAGGAAGAGGUUGAAGAAGAACACGAGGCUGACCCCGAAGAUGAGCACGAAGCUGAGCCCGAAGUUAGUGAUGGAAGCCUGCGUUCCGAGUCGGACCUCUCACGUCUUUCACUGGAUAGGACUGUUACGCGCCCAACUGAAGGAACCCUCGAGUAUAGAUUCAAAAUGUGGUCAGACGCUUACAGGAGAUUCAGAACUAACCCAUAUUUCAUUCCUGAAGGAGAAGAAGCGAAGGCGCCUCAAUUUGUUCGCUAUCCUCCUCGCUCAACUAGUGAUGUUGUAGUUGUACAGAAGGACGACAAAGCCUUUGCUUUGCUUCGCGGCCGUUUUGAAGUUGCAAUCAAACUCCCCGUGAAGGGUCCGAAUCCGACCAACUGGAAAGAAAUCCUAGUUGGUGAUGUGGUGUGGGUCAGAUGGCGUAAGAACGAACAUUGGCCAGCGACAGUAUACGAAAUCACGGAUGCAGUCCCAGUAAAGGUAACUGUCUUCUGGGUAAAUGACAAAACUCAGAGUACUGUCGAUUACACUCAAGUAGAUCUUUUCGACAUGGCUUUCCACAUCAGAUUUGACUGCCGCAGAUCUGAUCCGAAGUAUGUAAAAGCAGUGGUAACAGCACUCCGCUAUGUUGGAAAGAUGGGUUUCUGGGAGAGCUUCCUAACAAGAAGAGUCUACGAAGAACUGGUCAAGGAAGAGGGUCCGACUUUUUGUCAGCAUAUCAGUGCAGAAGAGAUCAAAAGAAUCAUGAGCAAGCAGGCGAAGCAGGCAAAGCUGUCGAAGGAAAUGAAGAAGGAAGAUCAGAUCCGCCUGCAAAAAAGCGAAGAGCUACUGCAAGCUCUACAGGCGUCCCAUUUCAUCUUCUCGUAUGAUGACCCACCCAUAGUGGGAAGCGCGUAUCCACUUACCAACCAAGUCCUUGAGGAUUACCUCGGAAGUGCAUGCUAUGCCUCGCGCAAUUCUGAGCCACUGUUUGAAGAUGGUAAAAGUCCGUUUUUCGGCGCAGCACAGAAGUAUGACAUCGAUCCAGAAGUUAUGGGAUCAAAUGAAAUCUAUCAUCCUGACUAUCCUGAAAAUGGAAUACUACCUCCUGAGAAUGUCAUUAAUGUUGUAACGAUUGGUUAUGGAACUGGCACAAUGGACGAGAUUGAUUCUAGCGACAACAACCACAUGCAAGAGGUCAAUGAGAUCGCCAAUAUUGUAAUCGAUGAAGUGAAGCCUCCUACAAUGGAACCGUUCUCGGAAAUUGAUGCUCUGCGUCGUGCUCAACCCUAUCGUUUGCCUCCUAAGAAGCGUCAUAGGUUCAAACCUUUCGGAGUAAAACCAUCGAAGAUGAAGCGCCCGAUUUGA